CCAAUGACGUUUGGAAAUAUAUGACACUCAAAGGUAUCUUAAAGCACAGGUUAAUGGUAAACAUUUUCGCCCACUGGUUUUAUUACCCUGCCUGCCCCUAGCAUUAUCCUCUCCUUCCCUACCCCCAAUCAGCAUUUUGGAAAGCAAAGAUGAUCUAAUUUUACCAUUUCGCAGCCCCAUCCCUGCCAUAAUACCUCAUUGAUUCAAGUUUGAGAGUAAGGUUUUAUUUAGACUAUGGAAGAGAUUUCAUAAGCCAUUUGAAUGAACUGGGCUGAAUUAAUCCAAGUAGCAACUGUCUUACUUCAUAACUCCAGUGUCAGUAUAGUGGCUGCUGCAUAGAAACUUCAAAAAAUGGGGAAAGAAAUUGGACUUUUUUCCUUUAAUACUGAGGACAGAAUUUUAAAAUGCUGCUUGUUCUGGAAUCUUGAAAGUCAAAUCAGAAAAACAGCUUGGAAGAGAUCAUGAUCUUCAUGUUGUGAAUGCCAAAAUGUCAUGGUAAUGAUGAAGAAUAUUAAGCUUAGGGAAGUCCACUUCUGAAUAUAUCACCAGGAUGAUAAACAUCACUUGCUGAUUGGUGGUAGCUGCUUGGGGUACUUCUCACUCUGUCACGUGAGUGGGAAGACUGGUCCCGGCUACCGACAUCCCAGUACAUCUGCGUGCCUCCGGCAAGACGUCCGCCAGUAUUUGUUGAAUACCAGCCGUUAAGGUCAACAUGGAUGAAGCUUCGCCAGGCCCCGCUCCUGAGAAUGGAGACAGCCUUGUGAAAGUGAAGGAGGAAGAUCCCACAUGGGAGCAGAUGUGCAGCUCACAGGACAGCAGCUCCCACACUCUGGAGCUUUGCCGCCUGCGCUUCCGGCGGUUCUGCUACCAGGAGGUAACCGGGCCCCGGGAGGCUCUGGCCCAGCUCCAAGAACUUUGCCAUCAAUGGCUGCGGCCGGAGACCCACACCAAGGAGCAGAUCCUGGAGCUGCUGGUGCUGGAGCAGUUCCUGACCAUCCUGCCCCAGGAGCUCCAGGCCUGGGUGCAGGUGUAUCCUCUGGAGAGCGGGGAAGAUGCAGUGACAGUGCUGGAGAAUCUAGAGAAAGACACAGGAGACUCAGGACAGCAGGCUUCUGUCUACACUCAGGGACAGGAUAUGCACCUACCGGUGACAGAAUAUCAAGGAACCUCUUUGGAGUGUCAGAGGCCCCAGCUACUGCCUGGGGUAACCACCUUGAAGUGUGAACCCCCAGAGCCCCACCAAGAGGUCGCCCAAGAAGUGAGUGGGCCUGCUCCCCAGGGACCAGCCCCUCCCCAGGAAGAGAAUCCCAGAGACCAGGCAGCAGUACCGGGGUUUAACUCAGCCAGGUCCCAGACAUCAGUGAAGACUGAGGAAGCAGCAGUCCAGGCCCUUGUCCCAGAGCAGUGGCCACAUCUGAGUCUGGCCCAGAGGAACCUCUAUGGAAACUCGGCUCAGGAGACGGUUACAAACAUCAGUCUGAUGCCUGAAGAAGUUGUAACUAAAGAUGGAUUGUUUAACACAAAGCAAGAAACUUCUGAAGAAAUGGAACGAGGUGCUGAGGUCUCAGGAAUACCCAACAGAGAUUGGGUACCCCAGGCCCCUUGUAGUACCCCUGUUCCUGCUGAAAGAACAGUUGCGCAUUUGAACACUCUGAAGGACCGUCACCCUGCUGACUUGUGGGCUCGGAUGCACAUCUCAUCCCUGGAAUAUGCUGCAGGAGACAUUACCCGAAAAGGGAGAAAAAAAGACAAAGCUCGAGUGAGUGAACUGCUCCAAGGCCUCGCAUUUUCUGGUGAUUCAGAUGUGGAAGAGGAUGACGAGCCUGAGACUCAGCCUGCUCCAAAAAGACCAAAGGUGUCAAGCGUCCCAGAGAAGAACUGGACUAAAAGAGACAUUAAACCCAACUUUCCAAGCUGGUCAGCACUGGAUUCUGGACUUUCGAAUCUCAAGAGUGAAAAGUUGAACCCAGUGGAGCUCUUUGAGUUAUUUUUUGAUGAUGAAACAUUCAACUUGAUUGUCAGUGAAACCAAUAAUUAUGCUUCUCAGAAAAAUGUCAACUUGGAAGUCACAGUUCAGGAAAUGAGGUGUGUGCUUGGUGUCCUGCUUUUGAGUGGCCUUGUGAGGCGUCCCAGAAGGGGAAUGUAUUGGGAAAUGUCUGAUGCCGAUCAGAACCUGGUUAGAGAUUCAAUCAGAAGGGACAGAUUUGAAUUGAUUUUCUCAUACCUGCAUUUUGCAGAUAACAGCCACCUAGAUCAAAAUGAUAAGUUUACAAAAUUGAGGCCUCUCAUAAAGCAAAUGAAUAAAAAUUUUCUCCUGUACGCUCCCCUUGAAGAAUACUAUUGUUUUGAUAAGACAAUGUGCGAGUGCUUUGAUAGUGACCAGUUCCUGAAUGGGAAACCUAUUAGAAUUGGCUAUAAAGUCUGGUGUGGUACAACCACACAGGGUUAUCUGGUUUGGUUUGAGCCCUAUCAAGAAGAGUCAACUACGAUGGCAGGUAAGGAUCUUGAUCUUGGUUUAGGUGGAAAUCUAGUGAUGAAUUUUGCUGAUGUUCUUUUAGAGAGAGGUCACUAUCCCUAUCACCUGUGUUUUAAUAGCUUCUUUACAAGUGUCAAAUUGAUGUCAGCCUUGAAGAAGAAAGGGGUGAGGGCAACAGGAACAAUUCGUGAGAACAGGACUGAAAAAUGUCCCCUGAUGAGUGCAGAACAUAUGAAAAAAAUGCAGAAGGGGUAUUUCGAUUUCCGAGUAGAAGAAAAUGAUGAGAUAAUUCUGUGUCAUUGGCAUGGUGAUGGUAUUAUCAGUCUGUGCUCCAACGCUGUUGGCAUAGAGCCAGUCAAUGAGAUAUGUUGUUUUGCCGAUGACAAGGAGAUCCCUCAGAUAAGUCAGCCUUCCAUAGUGAAACUGUAUGAUGAAUGCAGGGAAGGCGUAGCUAAAAUGGAACAGAUCAUUUCCAAAUAUAGGGUGAGAAUAAGAGGCAAGAAAUGGUACUCAGUUUUGGUGAGCUACAUGAUUGAUGUAGCCAUGAGCAAUGCAUGGCACCUGCACAGAGCCUGUAACCCAGGUGCCUCUCUAGAACUUGGGGAUUUUCGGAGAGAUGUUGCCCAUUUCUACUUGGCACAUAAUGCAAAUAUGUCAGAUUAAGGCAGGUAAAACAGAUACAAUGCAGACAUUAGUAAGACACAGAAAAAUCAAAACUACAUCAGAUUGUACCUAAAACAAACCUGAUGUAUGUAUACAAUGAAAUUAUUAAUUAAAUGACUAAUAUUUCUUUUAAAAAAUCUAUGUAGAGUUUCAAAAACUGUUACAACAAUGUUAAUGAUCUGUAAAAAUGUUGAAAUCUAUUGGUAUCUUUUUCUAGGUCUAAUUUUGAUAUCAAACGUGGGAACUCCUUUAUUAGUUGAAUUGAAUUGAUUAAUUUGUGCGUUUAAAGA